ACCCAUGAUUCCAUAUGGUAUGGAGCGGGCUACAUGUUGCCCAACAUGCCAGUGCAAAUGUUUUCUCAAUUAGGUGUCUUAUCUCCGGUGAGCGCUCCCGCAUCAGAUGAAGCUUGCUGACAGCGUAAUGGCAGGGAAAACCUCGGAAGGCUCCAUCAAAUGGCAGCUCUGCUACGACAUCUCAGCCAGGACCUGGUGGAUGGAUGAAUUCCAUCCUUUCAUCGAAGCCCUGCUGCCCCACGUCCGGGCCUUCGCCUACACAUGGUUCAACCUGCAGGCCCGCAAGAGGAAGUACUUCAAGAAGCACGAGAAGCGCAUGUCCAAGGAGGAGGAGCGCGCCGUGAAGGACGAGCUGCUGAGCGAGAAGCCCGAGGUGAAGCAGAAGUGGGCGUCGCGCCUCCUGGCCAAGCUGCGUAAGGACAUCCGGCCCGAGUUCAGGGAGGACUUCGUGCUGACGGUGACGGGGAAGAAGGCGCCGUGCUGCGUGCUCUCCAACCCCGACCAGAAGGGCAAGAUGAGGCGCAUCGACUGCCUGCGCCAGGCGGACAAAGUGUGGAGGCUGGACCUGGUCAUGGUGAUUUUAUUCAAAGGGAUUCCCCUCGAAAGUACUGACGGAGAGAGGCUGGUCAAGUCUCCUCAGUGCUCCAACCCCACGCUGUGUGUGCAGCCGCACCACAUCGGAGUUUCAGUCAAGGAGCUGGACCUGUACCUGGCCUACUUCGUACACGCAGAAGCCGGCCAAUCAGAAAGCCCGAACCAGGCCAGCGAAUCAGAUAUCAAGGAGCAGCCGGAGAACGGUCAUCUGGGCUUCCAGGACAGCUUCGUGACGCCCGGCGUCUUCACGGUGGCCGAGCUCGUACGAGUCUCUCAGACACCGAUCGCGGCCGGCACCGGUCCAAACUUCUCUCUGGCCGACCUGGACAGCUCCUCCUACUACAGCAUGAGUCCAGGAGCCAUGAGGAGACCGCUGCCCAGCACCUCCUCCUCCAGCUCUGCCAAGAGGAUAAAGUGCAUGGAGGAGGACGUGGACAGUCCCGGGGAGGAGUCCUACUACCCCAGUCAGGGCCGGUCCCCGGGCAGCGGCAGCCAGGCCAGCAGCUGGCACGACGUGGAGCCAGCUGGAUAUAAGCUGCGUGGCUCUCUAGCUAGCUCAUUCAUCUCCCGACAAGCGAGCCCCCACGCUCCCCCCUCCAGCCUCCACUUCUCCUCCUCCCCCAUCCUGCAGCAGCCCGGCUCCUACUUCUCCCACCCGGCCAUCAGGUAUCACCCGCAGGAGACGCUCAAGGAGUUCGUCCAGCUGGUCUGUCCUGACUCCGCCCAGCAGGCCGGACAGGUGGGCUUCCUCAACCCUAACGGUAGCUCCCAGGGAAAGGUGCACAACCCUUUCCUGCCGACGCCCAUGCUGCCCCCCCCUCCGCCUCCCCCGAUGGCCCGUCCCGUCCCGCUGCCCGUCGACGCCAAGCCGCCCUCCACCUCCUCCACCGAGGGCGGAGGGAACUCGCCCACCUCGCCCACCUACUCCACCCCCACUUCAUCUCCAGCCCAGCGGUUCGUCAGCGUCGGACCCAGAGACCCCGGCUUUAACAUCCCUCAGCAACCACAGUGGUACCUGGGAUAAGUACUCCAGAGGCCCCGCCCCCCUCCACCCACCUGUACGACAGAUCGCUGCAGCCUCCUCCUCGACCUUUGACCUUUUGAUGCCAGCUGCGACAGAGAGUCCUUUCUUGCCCCGCCCCCCCUCCAACCCCCUCUGCGCCUGACUCCGCCCCCACCAGCGCCAUACACAGACUCAGCAGCAUCAGCAUGGCUACAGCGGAUCAAACGCACCCCGACCCCGUGGGUGUGAAACACCCACUCUGUACACUCUACGUCAUAGACUUCCCUGUAGACAUAUGGUUCAUAUGUCAAUGUCCAUAUAUAGUGCCAGACCCCUCCCCCCCCCCAACAUCGUCCCCAAACCACACCAGGGUGAGAUAUUUCUGGGGGGGAUUGAGCCUUCGAUUUUUGUGAAUGCCUUCGAGGCUAAAUCACAGAGCUUCCCCUCUGGAGAACCGACACCCCCACGCUCCCAUCAUCCUCUGCAGUGUGUGCACCCAGUGGACUUACACCGGUACAAUGCCCUCCGCCCGCCCGCCACCCGCCCGCCAUCCGCCCGUCCUGAUGGAUCCCAGCGGCUUGGGGGUUGGUUUGGUUGGUUGGUUGGUUGGUGGGACAGGACGGGAUGCGCCACGGUUAGAGGGGAAAGAGGAGGUGUUACCUGGCUCAGAUACCACCAGCUAAUACCUCCGACCCCCCUCCCACACCUCCUGGGAUGGACUCCACCCGCACUUGACUCCGCCCCCUGGUUGGUGGCACGUCAGGGAGGGAGGAAGUCAACAAAAGGGGCUCUUUCCAAGGACAUGGACCAGUGCUUUAAUGGAAAGAGCUGACGCGGCGGGAAAGGAACAGACGCCCUCGCAGUAAUAACAUGAACUACACAUGGAAGGCUAAGGGGGUGGGGGGCUGUGAUGGGGGUGAAGGUGGGGUUAUAGAAGCAGGGGUUUGUUGAUGUGAAGUGUUGCGACCAGACGCUGGUGGAUCCAAGCUCGUUUAUCUGGGAGGCUUUGGCUUCAUGGCUCAUUGAUUUUUCUCUCUUAGCCGUCAUUUCAGCUGGUCCCCUCCUCUUCCUCCUCUAUCCAUCCACCAGUCUGGGUGAAGCUACAGCAUGCUAAGGGUGGGCAGAAAGCUCUGGUGUCCGAUACGCAGCAGGCAGACAGGAGAGAGACGAGUGACUAAAACUUUACCAGUGGAAUAUUGAUCAUGAGGAAAGUGCAAUUUUGUUGGCUAGCUGUUGGAUAGUUAAAUAUCUUUGUAAGAUAGCUCGUUGAACAGUUGUUGAAAAGUAUAUAUAAACUAUAUUUUUCUUCCUAGUCCGCUCACACCUCUGGGACUCUAAAAUAUUGGGGUACAAAAGACAACAACACAGCAUUGAACUAGAAACCAUAGCCUUGUGAGAAAUAAGGGGAGCUGUAUUCACAUUUAUUGUUUAUUAUUUGUUGUUUGUUCAUCUUGUAAAGCUGUUAGCAUGGUAGAACAAGAAUCCCUUUAAAGAAAUAUCAUUUUAAACAAUCAAUUUUUUAAAGCAUUUCUUGCAGCUUAAGUCUGCUUUUUCAUUUUGUUUAAAAGAAGAAGAAAAAAAAAACGCUAACUUAUUUUAAUGAGCACAUCGUUUUACUUAAGAAAAAAAAGAAGAAAAAAAGAAGCUAUUUGAAUUUCUCAUGAGGCGAAAAUCAGGAGAAAAUAUAACGAGUGAAUUUUAAGCUGAAUCGUAAUCAUGUUUUCUCCGGUUUCUGCGAGAUAAUCUUUAACGGGUUCUGCCCGGCGACGGGCUGCCCAACGAUUGGCUGGGUCUCCUAGAGGUCCCGUCCAAUCAGAAGCACUUAUUCCUGCAGUUUGGCCAAUGGGCCGUGAGUGUGUAAUCAGGGGGUGUGGUUUAGCGAUACAGAGGCAGAGCAGAGGGUAACUCUCUGGAAGCUUUCGUCCACAAAUAAGACAGCCGAGCGCUUCACAUGCAACUUACCAUUUUAUUGAACUUCAGUUCUGUUUUUCCUUUCCUAUACUAUAUAUAUAAAUAUAUAUACACACACACACGCGCACACACACACGCACACACUCUUACGACCAUCCAGCGUCGAACAAAAGUGAAUUUAAGUGAAAAAUUUACAAAAAAAGAACAAAAAAAAAUCUGCAUGUUCUAGUGUUAGUGACAAAUUUUUCCAUAGAUGAUGUAGUUAGUGAGAUAAAGACACUAUAUUGUAAACCCAACAUCAGGCACUUGCCAGCAGCCGUCUAUUCGUUUGGCCCCGUCGAGGCCUUUUCUAUCGCUCUCCUUCACAAACAACCAGCUCUCUUCGCUUCUCAGCAUCUCUCCAUUCUUUUCUUUUCUGCUUCCUUCCCUUCCUCCUUCCUUCCUUUUUUCCUUCGGCAACAGAUCGAUUCUGCUUUUCAGUUCCAAGGCGUUCUUCUCUUUCAUCCGUACGUUAUCAGAUUGCACGAAAACAAUUGUUCCUCAUCAAUGUGCCUUGAGCUACGAUCCAGUCCUGAGAGGUUGCACAAGAUCCAAUGUGGAGAGUCUUGUUUUUAUCGUUUCUUCCUUUUCUUUACCUUUUAAUUUCUUAAUUCACCCUCCACACCUGAGGUUUUGUAGGUGACUGGAGCGAUUUAACGUCAAAGCGUUAAAGCUGAAGAGGAACACUGUGAUUACCACAAUUACUGGCUGGUAAUCUCUCAGUUUUAAGAGGUCUCAGGCCUUCGCUGCACUGCUUUCUGCCCCCCGACCCGCUCCCUCUGGCAGCGCUGAGCGGAGACCUCACAGGUGAAACCUACACCAGCUAAAAUCAGGUCAAUCAUCUCCAGGUACCUGCUAACAGACGGAAACACCCUGAAAUUUGGUGAAAUGAGCACUAAGUCAAACCUUAUGUAAUUAUGUAAUGUUAUCAGGAGUAAUGUAAAGAUCAUAAUCAUCUGCAAAGAAAAAUCUUAAGAACAUGAGGUGAAUGUGACUUUUUCAGCUGUUAGCUAACGAUCAGGUUUAAACAGUUUCUUUCAGGUUAGCAAAUAGUUGGCUGCAAAAACACUGUAUAACGUAAGCUAAUGGUCUAGUAUAGCAGAUUAAAUGAGUUUGAGGUUCUUCUGAAACUCUACUCCCCAAUGGUGUAUUCACACUAAACACAAAGUUGUUUUGCAUAAAUAAGUACAAAGUGAGUCCAAAGUAGAUGCUAGUAACACAAAUUCAUGCCACAAAUAGUUAAUAAUAAGAACGAAUAUGUUUCACAACCAAAAAUGUUUGGUUCCAGUUUGCUAACUGUUGAGUUUAGCAAGUAAAACAGAUUAAUUCAAGUGAGCUAACAGUCUAGCGGCUAAUAAGGUGACCGCUUAGCGCUACAACUGAUUUAUUGAAGUUAGCUAACAGUUUAACAGCUUUAGCAACUAAAAGUUGAGUUAGCUAACUGUUUAGUUGUUAAAACUGAGUAAGUUUAGCUAAAAGUUCAUAUUAUCUCCGGAAACUGAUUUUUAUGAGUUAGCUAACAGUUUUGUGGCUAAAUCAUUGAGCAAGGUUGGCUAACAAUUAGUUUUAGCAGUUAAACAGAUUUAUUUGAGUUAGCUAACAGUUUAGUAAAUAAAACUCUUCACAUCAAGUUAGCUAACAAUGAAGUUUAGCAGCUACAACUAAUCUAUUUUGAUUAGCUAACAGUUUGGUUGUUAAAACACUUUGAGUCAGUUUAGCUAAAAGUUCAAUUUUGCAGCCAAAACUGAUUUAUUCAAAUUAGGAGGUGUAACAGUUAAGUGAAUAAAACUCUAUGCAUCAAGUUAGCUAACAAUGAAGUUUAGCAGCUAAAACGGAUUUGUUUGAGCUAACUAAAAGUUUUGUGGCUAAAUCAUUGAGCCAGGUUAGCUAAUGAUUAGGUUUAGCAGUUAAAUGGAGUUAUUUAAGUUAGCUAACUUUUUAGUGGUUAAAAAAAGUUGAGUCAGCUUAGCUAACUGUUAAAUUUAGCCGUUUAACAAUUUGGUUUAGGUUAGCCAACAGUAAUGUUUAUUCCCUAGUCCCAACAACUUGAUUUCCCAUCAUAUGAAAAAAAGAUAUGUCACGUUUCCUGUUGUUAGCAGUUGAAAACAUACUCAUUUCACUAAAUUUCAUGGUCUCAGUAUCCUGACGGACCAGCUGGAGCUUUAAUCUGCUCCCUGGUAGAUGAGUUCGGUUAGUUCACCCCGACCCUUCGUCUUAUUCCUGUCCUUUAUCGGACUGGAUUUUAUUUUUUAUUCUGUUGCUACAAUCUCUGAACAGCAAAAACUUUUAAUUUUCAAGUCUUCCUUUCUUAAUUUUUUUGGUUGAUUCUACUUUUUGUUCCCAGAAAUGAAUAAUGAGGACAUAAAAUAUGCAAUACCUGCUUGCACUCACUUAGACUUAUUUCGUCUUACAUUGUUUAUUUAGUUUGUUCUUUCUUUUUCUUUUACUUUCAACCAAAGUUAGCGUGCACGUGACUGGCAUCGUGCUCCGUGGUCGGUCCCUAAAAAUGGUGAAGCCAGCCCCGCAGCGCUGCUCCAGCCAAGCUGAGCCACCCUCGCUCGGGGAACUCUUCCUUCCUUCCUUCCUUCCUUACCUUCUUCCUUCCUUCCUUCCUUCCUGUUUUGAUAAUCUACCAGACGGCCGCAAUAUUACAUUUGGGUCUCUCUUUCCUAAAGGUUUUUUUAUUUCUUUGGUCACAAGCAAGCCUUAAACAAGUCCAACUUCUUCUCCAUCGCGCAGAAAACAGUUUAUCGGAAACUUUUUUGAUGACGUCCAACAUUUUAACCACGCCCCACCCUGCUCGGCAGAGGUUUUAGUAAAUAAAUUGUUUACCUGUUCUGUGUUUAGUCCGUCUAUCAAAUUGAAACGGACAGCGACGUGACGCCGUCAGCUGUGAUGGUUUAGUAGUUCCACUUGUGUGGGUUGUGUGUUUCCUUUUAGUGUGACAUGUUUGUUUUGUCUCUGUUCUUGCCUACCCUUUAGCCAUGAGUUGGGCAUUACUUCCUUAAUUAUCUGCACUAAAUAUGAAACAAUAGUGAAAAAGUAUUACAUAAAAAAAAUACAGCUUCCAGGGCUUAAAAAGAGCGAAGGGAAUAAAAAAAAAAAAUUGCACGGACAUUUUUUAAGUGUCACAAAAACCUUGUGAAACAGCCUAGCAUCUAAUCAGCGACUUUUGGCUGUGUUGUGUGUAAGAUAACGACAAAAUUGCACCCUUUUUAAAGAAAGAAAAAAUGAAAAAGAAUAUAAAAGCAAUAGUUUGGGCAGUGUGUUUAUUUGUUCUUGUGUUGUGUGUGUAAUUUAGUUCUGGUACAGCAGCGAAGAGACGCGGAGAAGAGUUAGCUCUUAACGGACGGGAGGGCAGAGAAGCAGACUGGGAGACGUGUUUGUAUGUUGUAUAGUUUUAUUAAUUACACUGAUUUUAAAGCUGCCCUAUUUUAUAAUGCAGGACUUUUGUAACAUUGAUAAAAUGAGGAAAAACUAGUGUUGUGAAUUUUCUGAUUGUUUGUAUCGAGGCCACAUUACUAGAACUGGUUUGGUUUGUUUUCUGGGAACUGGAUUUAAGUUGAAAACUUUCCUGUUUCCUUAUUUUCUUUAUUUUUUCUUUAUUUGCUUUCCUUUUUGUAUGUAUUUAAGAACAUUUCCUCUGUUGAUGGUAUAGCAUAUUCCUGUACUUAAAAAGUAUGGGGCGCUGUGGUGAUAAGACCAUUGUAAAUGGAUGUUACAGUAUGCUGUAUGUUUUGAAGGUUAUUUGUUGCAUCAGUGUUGAUGAAGCUACAUCUAGGUAAUUCUGAGGAAAAUUGGUAAGAAAAGCAAGCGUUUUUUAUGCAUUUUAAAAAAUUUAGUUUUAGGCAGGAGACAAUGACAUAGCCAGCCAAAGGAUGCCCCUACUAUAAAUGCAUCUAGGCAUCUUUUUUUGUGUUCACCAUUCCAUGCAGGAAAAUAAACAGCUUGAUUAUGCAACAUGA